AUGCCCCCGGGGAAGUAUGGGAUGCAGGAGGAAUGGGAGAAGGAGGGGGACCAGGAGAUCAUGAUGGACUUUCUGCUGCCCACUGGGAUCUUCCUCAAAUUCCCUGUGACAGGAAACGACACCAUCAAAAGCAUUAAAAAAGUAUGUCCAUUUUUGUUAGCGCCACUGCAUUUGAAUCUCAGAGGAGCUCUGGCAGAAUAUUUCACAUGUUAUGAUGUUAUCAUAUGUUGCACAUUCAUAAGAUAACAUUGCAUUUUUAAGAGAUUGCAAUCGAUCGACUGCAGAACAGCAUUGCAGCUCUCGGGACCACAGUCACAAAGUGCAGUUGUUAUUUACAAUAUUUACUCAAUAGGCUUUUAAGAAGAUUGGAUGACCAAAUAUUCCUUCAGACAUUAAACUAAUGAAAACAGUACGUAAUCCAAACAAUGCUUUCUUGUGCUUCAGAUUUGUCUGGAAAUUUUGAUGCAAGUGUCACAGACAGAGCUACAGCUUUCUUCCUUGGUACACACAGCCAGCUCUUCACUGAAUCAAAUCUGCUGUUAAAUCUGAAUGGGCUGUUUCUAUGCCAACAGUUGUGCCACUGCAGUUGUUAGAUUUAACAGUUAAAUAAUGAUAGUCUAGGGGGCUGUUAAGAUGAUUAAGACAUAAAAUAUCUUUGCAACACAGAUACAAGAAUUCUAGAGAAUAUUCAAAUCAGCCAGGAUCUCUUUUAGUGUUGUCGUUCUGCGUAUGGGAGAGAGAAGUCAAGUAGCAGCAGAUACAUUAAUCCAACAGAAACAGCACUUUGAUUUUUAAUUUUGCCUUUAUUCUGAAGAAUGUGAGGACACAAUUAGUGAUAAUUUUCUAUACCAUCAUGCCUCAAGUUGAAUCCAGAGAAAUCUUGUAAUCUUGUUUUUUUCUGUUGCUUUUUUGUUUUUUUUCUUCUGUAGAUGGUUUGGAAGAAUGCCAAAAGUGAGGCCCUUUUCGGUGCACUAGGAGAUCCUGAUGCAUAUGUCUUCACCUGCAUCAAUGAAACAGCCGAGAGAGAGGAACUGGAGGAGGAAUCAAGGCGCAUAAGUGACGUGCGGCCCUUCAUGUGUGUCCUGAGGCUGGUGGCAAGGGAAGGCGACAGAGUGGAGAAACUCACCAACACCCAAAUCAGCUUGUUAAUUGGCAAAGGUUAGAGACAUGCUUCACUGAUGAGGCCCACAUAAAGAUGUUUCUGUAAUUGUAGUAUCAUGUUAUUAUUUUUAAGAUAAGAGGUGAACAAAAAUAAAGGUGAGAGUUUUGUCAUGCUGUUGUUUUUCCUCAGAAGAAGAGCUGCUCCAGUGUAUUGAAUAGUUACCCAUAGCAAUGCAAGCACUGAGUCCAUAUGGCUCUAUGAUAGUGUGAUUUUUGUCAUGUUAUCUUUUCAGCUUUGUCAUUCAGAUAACACAUCGGCCAUUAUCAUUUUUAAAAUCAGAAGAACUGUAUAUAUCCCUGCGGGGAAAUUCGAUAGGUCACAAAGGUCGCAAAGAAGAUUUGGUAAGAGUGUCUUAUCAUUCUGCUGAAAAAGGGUUUUGGAGAGUUUUUAUUUGACAUAUUGUACAACGCUCUCUUUGAGCUUUAUCAGUUACUAUUUUGUUUUUCAGAUUUUGGUAAAAGAAAAAGACAGUCCAGUUCUCUAUUUAGACUAAAACUCUAAUGGGCUCUUCCAAUCAGGGAAACAUCCAUCCAAAUGUUUCUGACAUCUUUCCAACAGAUUAAAAAGAUGAGAUGCUUAUUGACGCCGAGUUAGAGCUUUUCUGAUUGUAGAAUCAAUCCUAUUCUCUCUGUUUGAACCUUAAUACACCUCCAAAUCUUUAAACUUAUGAAACGAUAACAAGGAAGGAACUAUGAGGACAUAGAUAUUGAAUUGUUGUGUCACAUGUUGUGUGUUGUACAUCAUGUUUGUCUUCUUGAAAAACUGUGGCUGUCUUCAACAAAGGAUAACUACCGUCAAGUUGCAGCAAAUCAAUGCUUAUUUGGUUUUUCCAGUUUUAUCUCCUAAAUUUUCUCCAAUUUGUCGGUUUGGACUUCGUACAUUUAAAUGAUGUUAUCCUUUUUCUACUUUGAUAUGCUUAAAUUAAGUAAGUCAUAAAUUUGGUAGUAUUAUACCUCUUUUGGUUUCAGUUAAUCAAAACAUGGCUUGUUUUCAGAUGGUGGCUGUGUGUGUGUGAGCGAAAUCUUUCAAGAUGAGUAAACUGUUCCCCUCCUUGCAUACUUGUUGUUUUUGACAGUCCAACUGUGGUGUUUCAGGUCUGCAUGAGUUUGAGGCCCAGAAAAACCACGAAGUAAACGAGUUUCGAACCAAGAUGCGUACAUUUUGUGAGGAGAAGGCUCAGGAGCGGCAGUUGUUGCCAUGGCAGCAGUGGAUGGGAUAUAGCUUCCCAUGUGACCUGGAACCGUGCUGCUAUCAACCAGCAAAUGUGAAGUCCAAAAACUCCAAGAAGAUUUUCAUCAAUGUCAAGUUUGAGGCUAGCGAUGUGAGUUGACAUGUAGUUUAAGAUUGUAUGACUCAUAUCUGAAAAGGUUGACAUGAUCAUUAAAACAUAAGUUGUGGUAUGACAGAGCAGGAGUGGGAUGGCCUGUGAAAAGCCGAACAGCUUUGAUUUGAAAAAACAUUUCCACGUUGUGUGGACAAAUUUUGGAAGACUGUAUGAAGUAAACAUGAACACACUUGGAAAUCCCCCUCCUGCAGUAGUAACAUCAUCUCAUAAUCUUCAUAAGGGAACAAUAUCCACAGACAUAAAAACAACAUUUUGUAUGACUUUCUGUAUAAAGCUGUCACUUUUAAUGGAAUUAAGCUGCCUGUAACCCUCACAGGAAAGCUUCAUGCUGCAGCAGGACCCUCAGGAUCUCCCUAUGGCUUUGAUGAGAAGUGCUCUAAAGAAGAAAGCCACUGUGUUUCGCUCAGUGAGACAGGAGCCUGAGGACUACACCCUUCAGGUCAAUGGAAGAUGGGAGUUCAUCUAUGGGAAACACCCCCUGUGCCAGUUUAAAGUGAGUGAUCUGAACUAAAGAAAUAGAAAUGGUUUUCAGUUGAAAAACAGCAUGAUUAAUUUUCUACAUAUAGUUUUAUUUUACUGCAUUCGAUUUGACAAAACAGUUUGGCUGCUGUUAGCAACAUAACUCUCCAUAUAGGUGUUGUAUUAGUCAUCAGGAUCUGUUGAUUCAUCCCUUUUUAUUUUACUUUUAUUAGAGUUGGAGUGUAUUUCUGAUAUACCUGUCCAGGGUGUACUUCACCCUCUGCUCAAUGACAGCUGGGAUAGUCUCCGGCCCUCUGCAACUCCGAAAUAGAACAAAUGGUUAGGAAAGUGAAUGAAUGAAUAAAAGUACUCAGAGUCCAGCUCCUCAGCAACAUAACGCCUCAGACUUGUGGUUCUGUACUGUAUGCAGGAAGUUUGGUGUUUUUGUUAUGUCCAUCUGUGAUUGUUUUGGUUAUCCAAAAACUUAAUUCUGGUCUCAUUCUAGUAAAUAAGUUACUCUUCCUCUGUGUUUGAAGGCUCCCACACACCACAUGUGACUUUUUUUAAUUGUUGCUUAGUGUUUGUAAAGCUGUGAUUCACAAAGAAGUUGGAAAAACUACACGAGCUUCCUAGUUAAAGACCUUAUUAAUGGAUUUCACAUUUCUACUCAUCUUUCAUAAUGUUGUUUUGACAUAAGUUUGCAAUAUUUUGUGUGUUAUAUCUUUUCCCUGGUUGAUAUUUUUGAGUAAUUGUCCCAAAAAUGGUUUAAAAUCUCUUUUUUUGCAAUUUGUUGCAUAGUGUUUGCCAAACAAAGUGAUUCAUCAGUGACUACAUCUUUAAGAUAUUGUUGUAUCGAGACUUAAAUGCCUUGUGACUUUCUAAGCAUAACAUCUGCAAUCAUUGAAAUUAGUUGUUCCCUCAACUUGAAGUCUAACAUAUGCCUAAAGUAACUACACUUAAUCAAGGUACAGUCUCCAUUCUCAUUGAAGAGUUCCUCUGUUGAUCAGUGACAGUACGUAGAGCCUGACAGGAGUGUGCACUUUUUAGAGACUGAAGAACUGUUCAUUCCCAGAGUUUGUAAUUGAUUUUCUCUCUGUGUUGUGCAUCUGCUCUGUGCUUGUGUUUUGUGCUCACAAUAACUGAAAUGUCUCUUAGAUCACGACUGUAUUGAGUCAGUGAUGGGAGACCCUGUUGUAGAUUUUGAAACUCCAGCUACCUGCAGGGGUGACUCAUAUCAGUCGAGCAGCCCUGCAGAAAGGCACUGCACCCAUCCACACAUAAUGAGAUUUCAGCUGCAUUAACCUACAGCAAAUGAACAGCCUGCAGGAGUUACCCAGCGCUAUCAGAACACUGGGAAAUAUCUGUGGGGGAACUGACUGAUGGCUGUACCAGUAAAACCUCUCUUUCCUUUUUUGUUCCCAGUAUAUUGUCUGGUGUUUAAGGAAUGGCCAAAACCCCCAUUUAACCAUAGUACAUCACUCCACCAUUAGCAAAUACCAGGAGGAGCAGGGCAGAAUGUGCAACCAGGUGUAUAAGAGCCGCUCACUGUCCAGACCUCCUCCAUUGCCACUGAAGAAGGUGAGAGUUUAGCGAGUGAUGGCUGUAUUUCAUUAACAGAGCCGCACUUUUCCUUUCUGUCUUUAUUCCAGUUUUCGAGCAGCCAUACAGCAGUGGACUUUGAAACAGUUUUAACACACUGAGAGACACAGUGUUGAUAAUUUACACUUGACACCUCUGCUUGCAUUGAGCAUGCUGAAUAUUACCCACUUUGCAGCAGUGCUAUUACAUUUUACCUUUAUGUGUGUGUGUUGAAUUGAAUCACACCUACAAAGAACAGAGGAAUCUGCAAUACAAAGUAAGAACCAGGUUCAAUGUCAGGUUUAGAGUUUGUUCCUUUUUCACUUAAUUUUAAAAGUGUUCACUGUUGUGUAUCUGUCUUUAGACUUCUUGCCAAAUAGGAAGUUGUAGCAACACUGUCAUUUACUACUCCAGUGACUGUACCUAGUUUAUAAGUGAUGUGAAAGAGAGAGGCAAAAAAACUGAAUGUAAUCUCUUCUGACUCCUCUCUGCAGCAGAAUACGUCCUCUCUGUGGUCCAUCAAUGAGCCUUUCUGCAUUCACCUGCUGCAGGGCAGCCGGGUCAACGCAGAUGAAGGGAUGAAGGUUGGUGUGGUUUUGCGUGGGUUUUCUCUUGUUUUGCAGCUCAAUGAGUGUGGCAUUCACUUGUUUACCAAUAUAUCAAUUUCAGUUGUAGGAACAGCAGGGGUUGACAUGUAAGUGACAGAGGGGUAGCAUGGUCCAAACCACACGUUUCCCAUAAUUCAUCAAGGCGGUUGGUUUAACUUCAAAACAGGAAGUGGGGAGGGCCUAUCUGAUUUUUAUGUCUCAUUCUGAGGCCUAGAUUCUAAGAAAGGAGGCAGACUGCUGUCGCUGCCUCUCUCGCUUUCAGUGCACUUCUUUUUUUGUAUGUGAUGCGUGCAUUCUGUUACUGUGUCAAAAGACUCUUAAGUGUGUUGACAUUUGAUGAGAGGCAAUUCAAAAAGAGGUGAUUCCCUGUAAAUAGGAGCAAAAGCAUAAAGAAGUAUUCAAUAAUACUACCAUUUUUUUGCAAUGUUAGUUUUGUUUCUAAUUUGAGAAACAGGAGUGCACACCCACAUUAUUUUUGAGCUCUGUUACUCCUGUGUGUCUGUAUUUGUAAUUCACAUUCAUGCCUAACUGGGUUACUUUUUAAAUGGAUGAUAAACCCCAAGGUUGCUGCCUCUGAUCACAUCAUGACUAAUGGUAAAUUUGCCCUGACGUGUAAUUAUCAGUGAGGUCUGCAGUUGGCAAGCAAAGGUUUUUGGAGAACAUACAGUCAUAUGUUUCGCAAACAAAGAUUCAGGCUAACUUGAUGUGCCAACAGACAGGAGCUUAUGGUUGUACAGUACUGAAUUUAGAUUGCAAAAGAAGUGGAUCAUUGCGAGGGAUUCUACCGUGCAUCAAAAGAGUGUUACCUCCCCACAACAUAUUAUUGAAGUAUGGACCCUCUGACUCAUAAUCUGAGUGACACAGGAAACUCUGAAUCAUCUAUUAAGUCUGUAAAUCUUCCACAAACAAUCUUCCUCACACAGGUGUUAAACCCCUCAGUCUCCAAACCACAUGGCAUGCCCUGCUCUAAUCACUUGUGUGUGUGUGUGUGUGUGUGUGUGUGUGUGUGUGUGUGUGUGUGUGUGUGUGUGUGUGUGUGUGUGUGUGUUUCCCCUGCAGCUUGUGGUGCAGGCCGGCCUUUUCCAUGGAAGUGAACUCCUCUGCAAGGUGGUGACCAGUUCAGAGGUGGCGGUGUCCUCUGAACCCUUGUGGGAUCAGAAGCUGGAGUUUGACAUUAAUGUGGCUGACCUGCCUCGCAUGAGCCGCUUGUGUUUUGCGCUUUACGCUGUCAUUGAGAAAGCCAAGAAACCCCGCGGCACCAAAAAGAAGAGUAAGAGAGCGGUGAGUCUGUCAUAGAUGGUUUUUAGGCUUCAGAGUUAACUUGUUGUUUAGCAGGCAAGUGUAUGGGCUGGUGGGUGGGAAGUUGUUAGCAAGCACAAACAGAUCUGCUUCCUCUCCAGUGUGUAGUGUGUGGAGUGCGCUGUGUGGGGGUGUUUUGCUGCUGCGUCUGGUUGUGCAAGUGUAUUCAGUGGCAAGGCUGCGGUUGACAUUUCAUCCGCUUCAGCUCUUUUAUCUGUACAUCACCCUGAGGAAGGAAGGACAUGGCAAACAUUUUCAAGGAAUUCUAAGUUCAUCUUUGCCGUUACUGUUGAUAUUUUCAGAAUUCACAACCACUUAAAUAUUAGAGUAGAAUUUGCUCCUUUUCUUCAAGGACUGUACUCGGGUCGCUUUGAAAAAGGGGUGAUUUUCUGCCACUGUUCUUCUUCUUGGUAUCAGGAGUUUGUCUAUGGCCAAAAAAAUCUUUUACAAUCUUCUACACUUUGAAACUGCUAGCAGCAAAAUAUUUUGGAAAUCAUUUAAAGUUUCUCUUUUUGUGCAAUGUGACAAUGCAACCAUGCAGAAUCUGAUCUUGACGUACAACAGCAUCAACCGCAAAAAUAGGGGAAAAUCUGUGUGAAAUAGAAUACUUUAUACAAAUCUUUAGGAAUGAAGAACAAGAUAAUCCCAAUCCAGAUCUAAAAAAAGAUAAUCCUUGCCAGACCAAGAUAAUCUUGGUUGCUGUGUAAACUGCAUAGUUUGUCACCAGUCAGGGCUUUGAGGAGCCAGCUGUGGACCCCUAAUGUGAUAUAGUCUAUUUUUAAAGUUAUCUACAAUUUAGAAAACAACUACUGACUGGAAACUGAUGGAAAAUGUGCAGCAUUUCAACAACUAUUUCACACUUCGUAGAGGACAUUUUUCAAUGAGGUAAUAGGUAAGCCAUCAAAAAUUAUAUUAAUAGUUGCUGUCUAUAUAUUUUUUACCAAUAAUAUGCUAAAUCAUACCGUUAGUAACUUAAGUUAUAUGUUUUUUAACACUCCUGCCAUUCACGUCUGUUUUCAAAUGUUCUGUGACGUGCAGAAAUGUAGAGCAGCAGGAAAACAGCCCUUCAAACACACUUUCACUGUAUACACUGGCAAUUACAGUAAACAACAUCAAAUACCCUUUACUCUGCAACCUCAUGUUUUGAAGCGUUGUGGCGGUUGUGAGCGAACACAUUUCAGAGGUCUGCCCAAACAUGUCACCCAGGUGGGUUUCUGGGCAUCAAGGCCACUUCUGCUUUCUGAGCAACUUCUCUCUUCUGUUGACUGGAAGAGAACUUCUGCGGACAGACACAAUGAAGACUGGCGGAAGUUGAGCUAUUCUAGCUACUCUUGUUGAUAUGCAUUGUCUCCUUUUUUAGCUGAGGUUAUCCGGUCUAGAUACACUGGGUUUAUUGUAACAUACUCAGUGGGCAUUUAAGUUGAUGUUAUUUAAUUUUGCUUCUUCUCAUUUUAACUGUAUGCUUUCCAGCAUUUUACGUGCAUUUAUUACCAAAACCUGUUCAGUCUUUUGCUUGACAUUUGACUCUCUAAUGAAGGGAAAAACUGCUCCUUCUCAUAUUAUUUUUGAAUCCUUUUCAGCUAAAUCACCUGAAUUUGUUGUUAAAAUCAAUGAUGCCUUCUUUGCUUUUUGUGUGUGUUUUACUGCAUACAGAUGGUCCUUAAAACCUCUACACAAAAAACUAAUCAUCCUGUCCCUCUCCUCAGGACUGUCCGAUAGCCUGGGUGAACACCAUGGUGUUUGACUACAAAGACCAACUGAAGACUGGGGAGGUCCUCUUGUCCAUGUGGCCAUCUGUUCCUGGUACUUUUAGCUUUGCUUCCUUUUACAGCUCAUCUUCCUCUAAACACCCCUCAUCUUAGCAGCCUCCUCCGUACCGCCUGGCAGAACAUUGUGGGGACUAAAAUACUCACAGUGUCAUGGAAACUCAACGUACUCCCUCAUUAUGAAUUACAAACCAGCCUUUGCUUGUAAAAUUCUUGUUGUCAAAAAAUAUUGCCAAGGCUUAGAUUUGUGUGUUAGGCACCAUUUGUUUACUUACUGUUACAUUGAUAGAUAUUGAGGAGGUUUGCAGAUGAAAACAUACUCAGUGGGUUUAUCAAGGCAUAUACUAAAGGGGAAAGUUAAUAAAUGACACUGUUGUCACAGAUGACAAAGGGGAUCUGUUGAAUCCAAUGGGAACUGUGGAGAAGAACCCCAAUGUAGACAGCGCUGCAGGGCUUUUCAUCCGCUUCCACAACAUCCGACCGUAUCCUCUUUAUUACCCGCCACUUGACAAGGUAUUUAUUUCCAAAAGACAUACGCUGAGACAUACAUUCUUUCAUUUUGAUUUGAUUAACAGGAAAUUCCUGGUCUGUUUACAGAUAAGUGAAGUGGAAAAGAAUGGAGAGUUGAACUUUCCCACCAAAGAAGAGGUAUCGACUUCAUAGUUCUUACAUUGCUUGAAUUCAGAUUUAACUGCGGUAUCUUGCUGACCAAUGGUUUCAUAACCUUAUAACAUAAAUUCGUCUUUUCACUCUCUGCAGUACAUGAAACUAAAAGAAAUCAUGGAUAACAAAAACUACACUGAGUUCUUCGAAGACGAGAAGGAGCUCCUGUGGAAGCUUCGUGCAGAAGUCCGUGACUGUUUCCCUGAGAGUCUGUCGAAGCUGCUUCUCAUCACCAAGUGGAAUAAGCGUGAAGAAGUUGUUCAGGUAGUUCAUGACCUUUUCUCUACAAUUAUCAGUUUUGUUUUAUUUUCUAUCAGGUGUCUGCACAGAGGUCUGAAAUGUGUGACAAAAACACAAUAAAUCUAGAAAAUGUGAAAAAAUAAAAGUUUAGGUCCUGACAAAAAACUGGAUGCUCUGGAUUUUCUACGUAAUGCUUUGUAAAUGUAAAUUUUACACACAGCAUUUCAAUUUUUUAUUUUUGCUGAAUGAACAUUAUACAUGUCAUACUAAACUAUCAAACUAGUUGGGCUGUAGCUAACAAUACAAAUGUUCUUAAUAUUUUUGGGCCUUUUUAAGAGAUAAGAAAUACUGAAAUUGCUCAGCUUUGUUUAUGUGUAACUUGCAGAGGUUUGACAGGAAGAAACCACAGCCUUGUUGAAUGAACCCAGCAGGAAGCAGCAGCAGAAGAUGGCUAGGAUGCAGGGUUUUAGGCAGUGCAUGCUGCAUCAAUGAAGUGCAUGAUGUAAAAGCUGACCCUCUUAUUUGAGUUUUGGAAUAAUAACAAGCAUAUUAAGAUAAAAAGCUGUCCUUAUCCAUCUCACUAUCCAUCCUCUCCUAUUUUAUAUUCUAACUCCAGCUCAUUCCUAGUGGCCACACGCUGGUAAAGGCUGGAUAGCCAGCUGGUUACUGAGGCUUUUUCUUUUGCAGCUGCUGCUUCUUAUUUUUCCUCUCUCUGUUUUAGCCUGCAUAAAAAAAAACACUACAGUGUCUCCUAUGGUGAGCCAAUUAGUUUCAUGGUAUGACUGUAUGCUUAUUUUGAGCACAACAUCAAUAUUUCAUUAUUUUUUUAAAAUCUGGUUAUCAUCGUGGUUGGUUUAUUACAACAGCCCUAAAAGCAGUUGAAGUUGAGUAUCAUUAAAAAGAAUACCAUAAAGCAAGAACGAGACAAGAACAAGACAUGCUCAUCACAUUUGGAAGAGUUUAGAUGAGGGCUUCAAACUGCUGACACAGUCCAACCUACACUCCAAAAAACAAGCACUGGUUUAAAGCAGAGACAAGCAGCAUGUCAUUGUAUUGAUUUUGCUUCAUGAAUGAUUCAAAAAGUGAUCAAGUUACCAUUCAUUGCUGAGUCAUCCUUUUGAACACUGACAAAUGCAAAGGACUGUUGAGCUGUGAGGAUAAAUUACCCUUUAAUGUUCAUGUCUUAUGUGUGUUCAUUUUGUUAACAAGACACGAGAAGGUUUGAAUUGUUUUCAUUGUGUCUGAAAAUGUUUUAUCUCUGCUUCUCAGAUGGUGAGUUUGUUGACAAACUGGCCAGACCUCCCUGCCAUCCAUGCCUUGGAGCUGUUAGACUACAGUUUCCCUGACCCAACCGUCCGUUCUUUCACCAUCAGAUGCCUCAGGAAGCUCAGGUAUCCACACAUACAUGUUCAUGUCUUUCCCAGUUUUCUUUUUUAAAUUCUAAACCCCUUUUUUUCAAUUUGCACACAGUGAUGAUGAACUGCUGCAUUACUUAAUCCAGCUGGUUCAGGUUCUGAAGUACGAGUCUUAUCUUGACUGUGACCUCACCACUUUCCUGCUGGAGAGAGCUUUGUCGAACAGGACGAUAGGACACUUUCUGUUUUGGCAUCUCAGGUGACUCAUAGCCCAGUACAAAUGGUAAGGGUCAAGCACAUCUACAAGCUUUUGGCUGACUGAUGAAUUUGUGUUUGUUAAAGGUCUGAGAUUCACGUACCAUCUGUGAGUUUACGCUUUGGCCUGAUUUUGGAGGCUUACUGCAGAGGAAACAUCCACCACAUCAAGCUCUUAAGCAAACAGGUUAUUUGACAUUUAUAUGCACUAACUUUAAACCUCAAAGUUCAUGCAUUUGAUCCGUACAAAACCUCUGGAUUUCCCUUACCCCUGCCGCAUAGAAUGAGGCUCUGGGCAAAAUGAAGGCCCUGAGUGACUUUGUGAAAUCCGGCUCCCAGAAGAUGACAGUGGAAGACCUGAAGCUGUGUAUCAGACAGGAGUCUUACCUGGAGGCCCUGUCAGACCUACUGUCACCGCUCAACCCUAGCGUCAUCCUCUCGGAGAUCUGGUUAGUGCGAGAUACACAAACAUAGAGAAAUUGCAUUUUUGACUCCAAAAUUAGAUUUCCACAUGCAGUUUGGUUCCUUUCUCAUGCUUAUGCUUAUUUCAACCCUCAAACCCUCUCAGCUAGGAAUGAAAGGUUUUUAGUUUAUCUCUGUAUCUUUGAUCAGCAUCCUUUUUUUGGCUUGAGGUACUACCACAAAAUUGACCAUUUCUUACUGUGACCUAGAAAGAAUAACAUUCACUCAUGAAAAAUACACUAUCAAGAACUGCUUUACGUUAUAAUAUGGAUCUAAAAACUGUUCUGAAAUGCAAAUAGUGGCGUUUUUAUCAUGUGAUUUAAGUUAAAAUUUUAGUAUGGUUUGCAAUUAAUUGCAAAUACAAGAAAUAAUCAUUUGACAGCCCCAAAUUUAAAAUAAAUAUUCACCAAAGAAAAAAAAGGCAUCACAUUCUCUUCUUAGAUUUAAGUGGCUUUUCCUCUUGUCCAUGAACCCAGCAAAGUUAUGAUAUUUUAAUUUAAAAUGAGCUUGCUUUUCUGUUUCAGUGCAGAUAAGUGCCGAUUUAUGGACUCCAAGAUGAAGCCGUUAUGGCUGAUGUAUAAAAACCCCUGCCCUCAGGGAGACAUGGUGGGCAUUAUCUUCAAGAAUGGAGAUGGUGAGAUCUACAUCAUUCUUUUCUGCUGUGAUACACAAAAUAACAGCCACACUGUACACCAAAAGAACACUUAAAAUAGUUAAACCUGCUCCAUGUUUCCUAAUCCCCUUUAGAUCUCAGGCAAGAUAUGUUGACUCUACAGAUGAUCCAGCUCAUGGAGAACCUAUGGAAGAAAGAGGGUCUCGAUCUCAGGUACAGCAGGGGUGUAUUUAUACGUAUAUAUAUAUUUCCACAAGUUGCAGUCAACAUAGUCCCGAUAAUUUCACCCUUCACUUACAGAAUGAUCCCAUAUGGCUGCUUGUCCACUGGGAACAAGAUGGGGCUCAUCGAGGUUGUAAAGCACUCAGACACCAUUGCCAAUAUCCAGCGCAACAGUAGUAACAGUGCUGCCACAGCUGCCUUCAACAAGGAUGCUCUACUUAACUGGCUCAAAUCAAAAAAUCCUGAGUGAGUAUGAUGAACAACUCUGACAUAAAUAUAUCUGUAGGAUGCCUCAAAAGGGCAGCGGUUACUGAGUAGAUAUUGUAUUGGUAUUUUAAACUCAUGAUUCAACCACAGGAACUCAGAACUGGCUCGGUUAUAUGCACACUGAACAGUGUUUAAAAAGAACAGAAUUGUGGUUUAAUGGUUUAAAUACAGCCAUUUUGUUGUCAGUAUAAUGUUUGCUUAGUAAAUAACCCAGUAAACUGUUUCCAUCAACUUUAGGAGAAUCCCAAAAUGCGAUCAAUUUUUGUCAUGUAUUCAGAAAAUAUUUUGUUUCAAAAAGCAUAGCACACCAGAAAUGUAGCACUUGGUUACAGCUUCACCUCAGUAACACUUCAAAGUUUUGCUUUGACUGGUGUCUGUAUUAGUGUGCAACUAGUUUUAUUUCCUGUUAUUCAAAAAAGGGGAACAUUGCUUUUCUUCUCGUAAACAAUUGUAUAAUGGAUGAUGCAUCUAAUAAAAACUUAACUUCACCAGCUAUAGCCAAGGUAUUUUUGUAAUUUAGGGAAUUGAGAAACCAAUGGUGUAAAUAUGUCACAUAUGAUGGCUGUGUUUUAACAGAUAUUUAUAGUACUGUUUGUAAUGCACACUCAAACCCUUCUUCCUUUUCUGCAUUCAUAAGAAAAGAUAAAUGAUCUCUGACACUCGAAGCAGAUGCGAGAAAACUUUGUUUUCCCAUAAAUGUGUUAUUUAUUUGCGCAAUCAAAUGAAUAGAUAAGAGCUGGUGUGAAAACAUAUAAAAGUGAUAAUGGUUGAGAAUAUAGGAAAAGCUGUAUUUUUAAAAAAGAAUUAAAUUCAAAGAUAUGUUGUUAGUAAAAUGAUUUGCAGUUGCAUAAACCUGCAUCCAUAAAUGUGUAGCCCCUCAAAUACUUCAAGUGUUGUACACUGUAGCUUAAUUUGGUUCAGAGAGGUCAUUGUUUUUCAUGAUACAUAGUGAAAAUAUUUCUUGCAGGUUCCCUAUUUUCUUUUCUUUUAGAUAAUUUUUCUGGUUGUCUUUGUGUCUGGUUUGAACUGUUAACUUCAAAGCAUUAAUUGUGUGCAGUAUUUCAAAACUGUUAUAAAGCAACACAAAGUGCAUAGGGAACUACAGCUUCAGCAACAUUAAAUGAGAGUAGUUUUUUAUUUGGUGCCAGACAGUCUGAAGGUCUUGUCUAUUCUAAAAGCUCCUUGAAGAGAGAGAUGCAUUCAGUGUAAUGAAUAAGCCUUUGUACGUCACAUUGGCAAGACAGGCCUGGCUGAGUGCACGACAGAACAGAAAGGUAAUUAGCUUGAAAUGCUGCCGCAGCCAAAAAGGAGUGGAGAAAAUUAGUAAAAGGUUGACACUGUGCUUGUCUAGACAGAGAACGGACGUGAUUGUCAAUCAUAAAUUCCCUGCAGGAAUUCCUCUGCAAACAUUUUAUAUAGAUACAGGGAAAUUCUUGGUAUUAGUUGUGUGUGUGUUUAGUUUUUACACAGAUUGUAGGAUUGUAAGAUAACACUUAAGUAAAAUAACACGUAAAUACAAUUAAAGAGCAAAACGUGAUGAUGAUUUUCUUUCUGCUUGUCUGCUCUUUUUUUUCCCACCAGGGACAAACUUGAUCAAGCAAUCGAAGUGUUCACACUGUCCUGUGCUGGCUACUGUGUAGCUACUUAUGUCCUUGGCAUUGGAGAUCGUCACAAUGACAACAUCAUGAUCAGGGAAACAGGACAGGUAUUGCAAUUAUUUUUUAACAAGCUGUAUUUAUAGAUGCACAAACCCCUGGAAACUUUUCUGGGUUGGUCUGCAUGGUUGAACACAAGCGGCCCCACUGUAAAAUUUCAGUGUAAAGUUAAAGUGAGAAUGCAGCAGAAAAUGUUCAAGUAAUAACCACAGAGGUAAUGUUCAGCCUCAAAUGACCCACCGCCCCCCACCCCCACCCUUUAAUGCAACUGGGAAGAUUUAAUGUUAUGAGAGACAAAAAUGAAUUAGACAAAUAUUAAAAAUGUGUGCAGCAGAGCUCCUAUAUGAGUCCGGAAAUGUUCAAUGCACCCAGAAAAUCUGUGAAAGAGGCUGUAGAAAAUCAAUCAUUACUGAAAUCUACCACGGGGUGGGUGGUUUGGAGGCAGAGCUCUUAAAAACAUUUCCCUAAAUCAAAGAACUAUGCAAUUUUACUUAUUACAUCUGCAUAUUUAACUAAUACAUAUAAUAACUUCUUUUGAAAAAAGACACUGAUUUUAAUUUCAGGGUUUGGGAGUUCACAAUUACACUUCAAAUCUUUGUAAUACUUAGUUUUGGUUUUGACACAUUGUUAGCUAAGAUGUUGAUAUCAGAGUCCCGUGGGUCACUCUUUAGGCAUGAGCCAGUAUGAGAUUCAUAGUGCUCAAUCUACCUUAUUUUCAAACAGCCUAUAAAAAUAUGGAACAUCAGUAAACAUUUACUAUGUCACAUUAAAAUGAUGAAAUGAAUAGCUCAAUGUAGGUUGACAAACUGUCGCAAAAAAUGUCGUCUUUGCUUCAGAAAUGGUCAUCUGACAUGCAGAUAUUUUCCUUGUUACCUGGGUGACCAGUCCUGCCCCAUCUAGUUAAUGAUUGGUAGGCUAGUGCUCUAAUAAAGAUACUGGAAGCAGCAGUUAUACUUUGUGCAGGCUUACUCUAACAUGGAUUAUUACACUCUCACCUUAUUGGACAAAAGGCUAACAGAGUUACAUAGUGUGUAAGCUAACCCGGCAAGUGGGCUAACAUGCACAUCACUACCAAAUACGAUUGGCAGUGUACUGAUGGUGGUUGACAGAGAUUUGCCAUUAUUAAUUGUCUUCAAGGGUUUGGGGAGAGAACCUUGUAUCAGAGGAAUAGUAUGAUGGAAAAUGUGAAGUUUUGACAUUUUCAAACCACUUCAUACCUUGUUACCGGUAACUGGCUCAGGCCUGCUCUUAGGUUAGUAAAUCCUCAUGAAAUGUGACCAUGACAGUGAUGCAGAACCAGUUCACAACCCAGAGGUCCUUUUUGCCUUCAUUCCUCAGCUCUUCCACAUUGACUUUGGGCAUUUUCUGGGCAACUUCAAGCGGAAACUAGGGAUCAACAGGGAGCGUGUGCCUUUCAUCUUGACUUACGAUUUCGUCCAUGUGAUCCAACAAGGAAGAACCAACAACAGUGAGAAGUUUGAGAGGUACAUAUUCUCCUCAACAGGCUAUUUGCGGAUGUGAUUGCAUCAUGACUGACCACUGAUCAUCAUCUCUAUGUUGUCAGGUUCAGGGAGUACUGUGAGCAGGCCUACAAGAUACUGUGUCGGAAUGGGACGCUGUUUGUUAACCUUUUCGCCAUGAUGAAGGCAGCGGGUUUGCCAGAGCUCACCUCCUUCAAAGACAUCCAGUAUCUAAAGGUAUGCAACCAUGACGACAAUACCACUAGUGAUGAGGAUAAUGUUGAUGAUGUAACAUACCAACAACAACUACAUUGGUCUUGUCUUGUUGGUUUUAACAGGACUCUUUAGCAUUGGGCAAAUCAGAGGAGGAGGCAUUGAAGAACUUCAAAGUGAAGUUCAACGAAGCUCUGCGGGAGAGCUGGAAGACAAAGGUGAACUGGAUGAUGCACUCCUUAGCCAAAGAUAACAGGCCGUGA